UCUGUGUGGAGCAGCCAUACAAGCAAACAUGUCUUCCUCCGCCGCGGCACCGAGCAAGAAGAGACUGCGGGUCCUGGUCGACAUGGACGGGGUGCUCGCCGACUUCGAGGGGGGCUUCUUGAAAAAGUACCGCGCCCGAUACCCAGACGAGCCCUACAUCACUCUGGAGGCGAGAGGAUUCUGGGUUUCCUCGCAGUACGGUCAGCUCCGGAGUGACCUAAGCGACAAAGCCAUAAGUAUCUGGGAGUCCAAGGACUUCUUCUUAGAGCUGGAGCCUUUGCCCGGUGGAGUGGAGGCGGUCAAGGAAAUGGCCAAGAUGGAGAACACUGAUGUCUUUAUUUGCACCAGUCCUAUCAAGUACUACAAUCACUGCCCCUAUGAGAAGUACGCGUGGGUGGAGAAACAUUUCGGACACGACUUCCUCGAGCAGGUCAUCUUAACCAGGGACAAAACGCUGGUCUGCGGAGACAUCCUCAUUGACGACAAACCAGACAUUCUAGGUGUGGAGUCCAGUCCUUCAUGGGAGCACAUCCUGUUUACAGCCUGUCACAACCAGCACCUCGGGGAGAGCUGUCCACAGAGACGUCUCACCUCCUGGGACGACGACUGGAGAGCCAUCUUGGACAGUAAAAGAAAAUGACCCCUUAGUCGCCAUGGUAACUGUAAACAAGCUAGCAACAAACCACUGUAAAUCUGGACUUUAAACGGACAAGAAUUUCAGCAGGAAUAUUCCGAGUCGCUUUGCUGGAAUGGCUGUCAUGCACGUUUUGACCACAAGAGGGGAGCAUAAGACUGUGUGUAAAGUGGUAGACACCCGCUACAACUAUAUAAAAGGCAUAUAUAGUUCAAAUGAGAAAGUUUAAAGUUACACAGUUUAAAUAAUUUUGAUAUUUUUUAUUUUAA